AUGUUGAAAACCCUAAAGAGCACAGGUCAAGUAAAACAUAUGGCAAUGAAAAAUCCAAAGAAAGUAGCUCAUCUUGCAAGGUCAAAUAAAACAUCUAAGGAUGGAAAAUCCAGAAAACAUACCACAUCUCACAAGUCAAAUGGACCAAAGAAGAUCCGAGCUAAAUCUGAGACAACCACAGCUAGUCAGUCUAUCUGCUCCCAGCCAGAUACAGAAGUGUGUAUAAACCAGGAGAUACUACAAACAUUGGAGAAAAUGUUUGAAAAGGCUGCAGACCACAAUGGAGCUUUGAACAUGGAAAGUUUUCAAAAGGUGAUGAAGGAGACAUUUUCAUCUGUGACUGAUGAAGCCCUGGAAUACCUGUUCUGGAAAGUGGAUGCAGAUUGUGAUGGAUUGGUGACCUGGCGCAAGUAUCUAGAUCAUCUGAUGCGGGAUUUCAAAGGGAAGGAAGAGAUGAGGAAAGGCCAGUAUCGACUGCGUCUCCAACCUCCUAUGAGGAUUGUUCCACUGAAUCACGGACAUGAGAUUGUGAAGUUGCAAUUCUUAGCCAAUCAGUUUCAGGGAUCAGCUGGUCGCUUCCUUACUGUCACCAAAGACGGGAUCCUUCAGUUCUGGGACGAAUCCUUCAAGCUGCUCCGGACAGUCCAUCUGGACCAGACACAUCGCCGCCACACUCAGCAGAUGUGGGUCAACGACAUGAUAUGUCUGGAUAACAUCAACCUGAUGGUGAUUGCAUCCACAGACCAGGAUUUAGAAUUCUUUGACAUUUCUGGAAACAAAUGCCAAAGGACUUUUAUCUUUAUUGACCUGGACAGUUGUGCCUUAGUCAUGGAUUACUGGACAGACCAACACAAAGCCGUGUUUUGUGUUGGUGAUAUAAAGGGCAAUGUCCUCAUCUUUGUCUCCGAUGAUAUUGCGGAUUCUGGAUUGUUUCACCCACAUAUCUUCCAGAACAAAACAAAGUUUGAUCUCGGGAAACCAGAACAAGGUGGUGCUUACAUCAAAAUCUCUAUGCAGCAUCUUUUAACUAAAAAGUCUAAAGUACAUAGAAGUUACCGAUUGAAGGCAAUUCACACCAACUGGUGUCAGCAGAUCAAGUUCAUUCCCCAGCUGAAUCUGGUGGCCUCUUGCUCAGCCAUUGACAAUACAGCCAUGGUCCUGACAAUUAUGCCAACUAGAACUGAUCAUCUGAAAAGUUCCAUAAUGACUCUGAGGAAGGGAAUUCUAUGUUUCGAUUACUGUCCAGACAGGAACUUCCUUGUGACAGGUGGUUAUGAUCCAAUCAUUCUGCUAUGGAAUCCUCUCUUCAUAAAGAAGCCCAUGUGGCGGAUGAAGGGACACCAGACCUCAGUGACUCAUGUUAUUGUGAAUGGAAAAAGCAGCUGCAUCAUCAGCAUCUCCAAAGACAAAAACAUUCGUCUAUGGGAUACACACAACUUUCUGUGUUUCCAGUCCUUUUCAGGGAAAUUUUUUGCCCUGGGGAAUCAUCCUAUUACCAGUGCUUACUUCCACAAGGCCAAUGACACCUUUAUUUGUGGUACCUAUUCGAUUGGGAUUCUUAGUGGCUAUCUAGAGGCCCAGGAAGGGAGCAGGAAAAUAGAGGAAGAGUCUACCACCCAUCAUACAGCCGUGUGUGGGGUCCUUUACAGCAAGACGUUCAGGCAGGUGGUGACCGGCAGCCUGAGUGGCAUGGUGAGCGUGUGGGAGUUGAUGACAGGGAAGAAGGUAGUAGAGUUUUCAGCAUCAGAGUCCAAGGAUGUGGAGCUCACAGCGAUGGUCCUGGAUGAGCUGGAGCGGUGCCUCAUCACUGGCAUGAGAAACGGGACAGUCAAAAUGUGGAAUUACAACAUUGGCGUCUGCCUGUUGCACUUUCCCAAUCCAGAUCGAAUGGAGAUUAGUGGAAUCACUCAUAUGAAUGGGGUAUUCUACGUGGCAGGGUGGAGUAAGAGGAUCUCUUGGUACCUGUAUCGAAACAAGGAAGUAAUCCCCGUGUAUGACCACUGGCCUUACUUUCACACUGAGGAUAUCCUGUGUCUGGCCAAGUACCGUAGCCACAUCCUGGGAUCAGCUUCCUAUAAUGGUGACAUUUUCAUCUGGAACGUCAGCUGGGGGAAGCCCUUUGUUUAUUUCAAUGCUUCAAGAAGUCCCCUGGCCUUGAAAUCCAAGAAGGUCUUCAUGGAGGAGGACCACAUGACACUUGCUGACUUAGUGAACAGGUCUAUCAGGAGCAAGAAGUCCUGGGCAAAAAAGUUCUUCUGGCGGCCCAUGAGUGGGCAGUCUGCCAAGGCUCAGGUCCGCAGGAACCUGACCUCUGCCCCACCUGCAAUGAGACGCACGCGAGGAGAGGAAUUAUCAAGACAGUGUGCUUCUCUUUCUUUACAGAAACCUUACAGCCCUGUCACCUCUAAGACGGUGAACUUGGUGAGACCUCAAGGUGAAGCUUGGAUGCGGAUCAGAAAUGCACAGAAAGAAAAUGAGGAUUAUUCUAGGCAGAAGGAAAAGAAAGACUCAGUGGCGGCUGUGGAGAAGAUAAUUUUCCUGCCCACUCGGCUUCAGACCCCUCGAACAGCCACCCUUCUGAGCAGUGCUGGCAAUGGCUAUAUUUAUGCCUGGUCAAUUCAUGACAAAGGGGGCUUGCUGGGAAAAUUCCAACCAGCAGGUAAUCAGUGUCAGGAUUCAGUUGUUGGUGCUAUGGUCAGUGAUGAAAAGGACUGGAUCUUAAUAACUGGGGACUCCAAAGGGCACCUUAAGAUCUGGGAUAUCAAGGAUUACUGUAGACUGGCCAGUGAACAGAAGACGUUCUCUGUCAGGGAAGAAAGAGUUGCUCAGGAAAAUAUUUACCGGAAUUUAACUCAUGCAGACGGUCAAGUGGAAAUACAGCAGGAACCCCUGGAAACUGAGGAGGUCAUUGGUAGCCAUGUCAUUUCCCUAAUCCCCCCAGAGCUGCUGAUCUCCUGGCAGGCUCAUGAUGACAGUGUGACUGAUGUUGCCUUUGGGGACCAUUUCCAUGUGAUCAUCAGUGCUGGUGCAGACUUUAAUGUCAAGGCCUGGAAGAUCUCUGGCGAGGCUAUUGGAACCUUUGGCUUGUGCCUUUGGAGAAAGCUUGUGCCUGCGGGGAAGACUGACUUCUACCAAAAACCAUCCACCACAGAGCUGAUAGCAGUGCCUGAGAUAAAGGAAGUCCCUGAGUGGGACAAAGAAGAUGAAUACACGAGGGUCCUGAUGCAGCAGCGCAGGGAUCAGAUGGAGCUGAUGUCCCUGCUGCACAACAAGUCUCCGAAGGCCAUGGUCAGACUGAGGCAGUUGGCUGAGCAGAGCGUGCUGGGGUCUGUCAAAGCUGGAGAGGGGUUUGAAGACACUUGGAACAAGUGGAAGACAUCUGGGGUGCUGAAAAGUGACAUCGUUGGAAGCGCAUAUAAGCCAAAGGAACGGCCACGCACGCCAUACACUCCAAUAUUACCACUGAAGUUUGUGACAGAAAAAGAGAUCUCACCUUGGGUCUAUAGGAGCCUCCCUUGCAAAGACCUGCAAGAUUUGACCCGAUCCAACAUGGCCAUCUUGAAAACAACUCAGAUUCCAAGGAAAAAACACGUCUGGCUAGUCACCCAGCAGAUCAUCAGGAGCCUCUCUCUGAUCAAACAGAUGCCCAUGAUGGAAACUCCCAUCCAGUCACAAAGCCUCUCUUUCUCCAGCCCAUUUUCAUCCAAGACUUCCUCGAUCACUUCAAUAUCUUCUUUGAAGCUGUCUUCAAUCUCCUCCCUUUCUUCGUUAAAGCAGUCAUCAGUCUCUUCAGCAUCAGCAGUCUCAAAGAAACUGUUAUAUUCUUCCUCAGUAUCUUCCAAGAAGAAGGCAACUUCAAAUUCUUCUUCAUCCACGGCCACCAAGUCGUCCAUCACAAUCAGUUCAGUGCCUUCAGGGAAGACUUCAACCCCAGGCUUAAAUAAGCCUUUGAAGUCAAUCCUUAAAGUGUGACCUGGUUAGGCUGCCAGCCCAGGCCCCUUCUCUCAGUGAAGCUGCCAGCCCAUUGAGAUGAAUGUAAGAAAUGGAUGGACUCUUUGCUUACUUUAUCAGACCAAUUAAAGUGUGGGCUUGGUUGCUCCACUCUACCCCAAUAUCCCUUCCCAGAAUUAUUCCCCUCCCCCAUUGAGACCUAUGUGUUACUUCUUCAGGAGAGAGAAAUAAAUUUUUCUUUUGGGGUUCCUUCAUACUCUCAGAUUAGGUUGUAUUAUCCCAGGAGGUGUGGGGAGAGGGAGGAACCUUUUUCUCAGAGGGAUGGAUCAUAGUCUCAUCUUCUAGUUCCAUCCUGGACCUAGAGUUCCCACAUAACCCACUAAUGGGGCCAUGUUGAUGUUUGAUGUGACCAUGUACAUGGUCUAAAGACGGAGAAUGUAGCUCUGUGCCAGAGUCUUUAAAAAGUUUGCCAGAUUGUUUUCAGUCCUCUGUAAAUGAAGACUAUUUUGACACUAGUCUCUUGGCUGUUCCACAAACAAGACAUUCCAUCUCUCGGCUCUGGUCAUUUUCUCUGCCUGUUCCCCAUUUUCUGGAAUGUCCUCCCUUCUCUGUUCUGUCUACUGAUAUUCCCUGGCUUUCUUUAAGUCCCAACUAAGAUUCCAUCUUUUACUAGAAGCCUUCACUAUCCCCUCUUAAUUUUAGUGCUUUCCCUCUAUUUUCUAUUUAUCCC